AUGGAGUCCAACCUGCAGGGGACGUUCCUGCUGAACAACACGCCACUGGCUCAGUUCUCGGAGAUGAAGGCCCCCGUGUGCCAGUACUCGGUGCAGAACUCCUUCUACAAGCUCAGCCCUCCGGGGCUGGGCCCCCAGCUGGCUGCCGGGACCCCCCACGGGAUCACAGACAUCCUGAGCAGGCCCGUGGCCACGCCGAACAGCAGCAUCCUCUCCAGCUACCCCCACGUGGCAGGCUUUGGUGGACUCGGCUCCCAGGGGGUCUACUAUGGAACCCAGGUGGGGAAUUUUCCCAAGGCUGGCAAUGAGUACCCGCCCCGGACCCGGAACUGCUGGGCGGACACGGGCCAGGACUGGCGAGGCGGGCGGCAAUGCGGCAACACCCCGGAUCCCCUGAGCGACAGCAUCCACAAGAAAAAGCACACCCGGCCCACCUUCACGGGACACCAGAUCUUUGCCCUGGAGAAGACCUUUGAGCAGACCAAGUACUUGGCUGGCCCUGAGAGGGCACGGCUGGCAUACUCGCUGGGGAUGACCGAGUCACAGGUCAAGGUGUGGUUCCAGAACCGAAGGACCAAGUGGCGAAAGAAGAGCGCCCUAGAGCCGUCGUCCUCCACGCCCCGGGCCUCGGGCGGCGCGGGCGCGGGCGCGGAGCGCGCGGCCUCGGAGAACGAGGACGACGAGUACAACAAGCCGCUGGACCCCGACUCGGACGACGAGAAGAUCCGGCUGCUACUCCGCAAGCACCGCGCCGCCUUCUCGGUGCUCAGCCUGGGCGCGCACAGCCUCUGA